AUGUCAAGGCGUCACGCAGCCGUGCAUCGCCAGAGCGGUAGGCCCCCUUCUUCGGAUUCUUCUUCUGUUCCGUCUCUUUCUGUUUCACGCCCUUGGUGCGCCCUGUCUAACGAGUCCAGCACCCGUGGCACGCGCGUCCGCGUCGACAACCUCCACUACGACCUGACCAAAGACGACCUCGAGGGCCUCUUUUCCCGCAUCGGCCCUGUCGCCGCCGUCGACCUCGUCUACGACCGCGCCGGCCGCUCCGAGGGCACCGCCUACGUCACCUACCUCGAACACGACGACGCCCGCGCGGCCCUCCGCGAGUUCGACGGCGCCAACGCCAAGGGCCAGCCCAUUCGACUGUCGAUUGUGCCGGCCGGCGGACGGCGCGGCCACAAUGGCAACGUGGCCGUUGGGAGCGGCCGGCCACUGGCCGAGCGCAUCUCGCGGCCAAGAAAGCGGGGUGGGGAUGACGGUGACGACCAAGAUGGCCAAGACGACGACGACGAGGACGGCCGCACGAGCCUGGCCGUGGCAGCACGCCGCGGUAUUGACCGGUACGUGCCCGGGUCAGGCUCGACGGCCGGGGGCGGUGGUAGUGGCCGGCUGUCGCGGUCGCACAGUCCGCCGCCCCGCCGCCGCGACGGCGGCCGGCGGCCGGGUGAGCGGAGAGGCGGCCGUAACGGUAACGGCCGUUCUGACAACAACAACAACAACAACAACAACAACAACAACAACAACAGCCAGAACGGUGGCGGCGGCGGCGGCAACCGGCGGCCGCGCAAGACACAAGAGGAGCUGGACGCAGAGAUGGCCGACUACUUUGUCGAGGGCAGCAACGGCGCCGCCGCCACCACCACCGCUGCACCGGCCGUCGAGGCCGCAGCAGCGGCGCACGACGACGGCGACGAUACGGAUAUGAUUCUGUGA